UCAGCACUAGUCCGGCUAUUGUUGUGUGUCUUUCAGGGCAACCCUGACCCGUCAGCAGGCGGUGAUUUCUGGAUAUUUUAACUGUUUAGUUGGCUCCUACUCCGCCAUAUUAAGCAGCCUUUGUCAGCUGGCGGUGAGUCCUCGUUUUAAAGGAAUAUAAAGAAUCCCAGCGGAGGACUUUGGGCUGGUGAAGUAGUUAAUCGGUAUGGGACAGACGGAAGACUGAGAUUCCACGUUAGAGACUGUUUCUGUCGGCUGUUUCCACUUUUUUGGAUUGUCGACGUAAAAUAAAAACGUGGAGGAAAACAAAAGAUCACAGGGCGCAUGUAGCCGAAGCACAACACUGCAAAGGUCGCUUUUAAGGCUCGACGAUGGGUUGCGUCAGGAGCAAAGAGGACAAGGGCCCGGCGCUGAAGUACCGACCCGACAAUUCAAAUGCCGCGCCCAUCAACUCGCACCUGGGCCACUACGGGCCCGACCCCACCCUGAUGGGUCAUUCACCAGCUAUGAAGACACACAACAACAGCUACAACAGUCACGCCGCCGCCCUCACGCCCUUCGGUGGGGCUUCUUCAAUUAUGACGCCCUUUGGUGGGGCCUCCACCUCCUUCACCUCUGUGGCUGUGAGCAGUCCCUUCCCUGGUGUCAUCACAGGUGGUGUAACAUUUUUCGUAGCGCUGUACGACUAUGAAGCGAGGACAACGGAUGAUCUGUCAUUUAAAAAAGGGGAUCGCUUCCAGAUUAUCAACAACACGGAAGGCGACUGGUGGGAGGCUCGCUCCAUCAACACCGGACAGAAAGGCUACAUCCCCAGUAACUACGUGGCUCCAGCCGACUCCAUACAGGCUGAAGAAUGGUACUUUGGUAAAAUGGGCCGCAAAGACGCCGAGCGUCUCUUAUUGCUUCCAGGGAACCAGCGGGGCACUUUCUUGGCACGAGAGAGUGAGACGACCAAAGGGGCCUACUCUCUGUCUAUCCGGGACUGGGAUGAGGUGAAGGGGGACAAUGUCAAACACUACAAGAUCCGAAAGCUGGACAACGGCGGUUAUUACAUCACCACUCGGGCCCAGUUUGAGGCUCUACAGAAGCUGGUGAAACACUACACAGAACAUGCUGAUGGUCUGUGCUACAGGCUGACGACCGUGUGCCCCACGGUGAAGCCUCAGACUCAGGGACUAGCUAAGGAUGCUUGGGAAAUCCCGCGAGAGUCCCUCCGACUGGAGGUCAAACUUGGACAGGGCUGCUUUGGAGAAGUCUGGAUGGGCACAUGGAAUGGCACGACUAAGGUGGCUAUCAAGACCCUGAAGCCAGGCACCAUGUCCCCAGAGGCCUUCCUGCAGGAGGCUCAGAUCAUGAAGAAACUCCGACACGACAAACUGGUGCCUCUCUACGCCGUGGUGUCCGAGGAGCCCAUCUACAUUGUGACUGAAUUCAUGGGCAAAGGUAGUUUACUGGACUUCCUGAAGGAGGGAGAUGGUAGAUACCUGAAGCUGCCCCAGCUGGUGGACAUGGCUGCACAGAUCGCAGACGGUAUGGCGUUCAUCGAGAGGAUGAACUACAUCCACAGGGACCUGAGAGCUGCCAACAUCCUGGUGGCUGAUAACUUGGUGUGUAAGAUCGCCGACUUCGGCUUGGCUCGACUCAUCGAGGACAACGAGUACACUGCCAGACAAGGUGCUAAAUUCCCCAUCAAGUGGACGGCCCCUGAAGCUGCUCUGUACGGACGCUUCACUAUCAAAUCAGACGGCUGGUCGUUUGGUAUACUACUGACUGAGCUGGUGACCAAGGGCAGAGUACCGUACCCAGGUAUGGUGAAUCGAGAGGUGCUUGAGCAGGUAGAACGAGGUUACCGCAUGCCGUGCCCACAGAGCUGCCCCGAGUCGCUCCAUGAGCUGAUGAGGCACUGCUGGAAGAAGGAGCCGGACGAAAGACCGACCUUCGAAUACAUCCAGUCCUUUUUGGAAGACUACUUCACAGCCACAGAGCCACAGUACCAGCCAGGGGACAACCUCUAGUCU